AUGGUAAGAAUCAAGAUGAAGGCCACAGGCGGACCGUUCAUAUGGAAGAAACUAGGACUGCCGAAACCCAUCCCCUCUGACAGUGACGAUGAAACGUGGGACACACCUCCACCGGCCACCACCAACACCGAGACACCACCGGCCACAAGUACAGCAACAGGACGCACCGACUCACCGGCCGCCCAGACAUAUCGCCGGCAAAAGAAACGGCAAAGGACACCGCCACCACCAUCCACAAUAGCCCCGUCGGCAAACCCUACAGGCGAAAUGCUACCUGAAGCCACCACUUCCUCCGGCUACAGCCAGAAACGGCCACGAACACAGUCGCCACCAAGAUCAGACCCAGAGCCAGAACCUGCCAUGCAUCCCGCGGGACACAAAGAAAGCAAUGCGCCUACUGAUUCCACCAGCGCUAUGCCCAGCGCUGUGCCUAGCGAUGUGCCCAGCACUAUGGCCAGCAACGUGCCUAGCGAUGCGCCUACUGAUUUCACCAGCGCUAUGCCUAGCGAUGUGCCCACCGAUGCGCCCAUGGACUUACCAAGUGAUGUGCCUAGCGAUGUGCCCAGCGACACACUCAGUGAUAUGCCCAGCAAUUUGCCCAGCGAUUUGCCCAGGCUAGCGUACCCUGAUCACAUCGUCAAAUCACUGACAUUCAACAAAAUUUCUGAGCGCACCAGGCUGCUUAAAAUUUCAUCCCUACCAUAUCACCCAGGAAUUCGGCAUAGCCAUGGGCUGUGA